AUGGCAGAACUUCCUGUUUCUCAAAUUGCCCACUUCUCGGAGCUUCAUCCCAAGCCAGAUCGUUAUAAAUUCAGCUAUGGAACAGCUGGGUUUAGGACAGCUGCGGAUACCCUUGACUCGGUUCUUUUUCGUGUCGGGGUGAUAGCAGGCCUUCGUAGCAAAAGGCUUGAUGGGAAGACAAUUGGGGUGAUGGUGACCGCGUCUCAUAACCCAGAACACGACAAUGGUGUCAAGCUUAUUGACCCUCGUGGAGAAAUGCUCGAGGCAGCUUGGGAAGGAUACGCGACGGCUCUGGCGAAUGCCCCCAGCACUGAGGAAUUUAUUGACGGUUGCAAUCAUUUAGUGACAUCUCUCAAAAUCGAUAUAUCCAAGCCAGCUCAUGUUUUGUAUGCGCGGGACACUCGCCCUUCUGGCCCAGCACUUGUAAAAGCACUUGAGGACGGAAUAAAUUCAGUCGGGGCUGUAGGCCGCAACGAAGGGGUCCAAACCACACCAAUGGUCCAUUACCUUGUUCGCUGCGUUAACACUAAAGGUACAUCUGAAGCGUAUGGCGAGGACACAGCAACCAAACAAGCGCCAUCCCCCUUGGUGGUAGACUGUGCGAAUGGCGUUGGUUAUCUAGCGAUCAAAGAAUUCGCUCCCUAUGUCCAAGAUAUUCUUAAAUUCAUACCAAUCAACACGGCCAUCGACACUCAAGGCGCGCUGAAUCACCAAGCUGGAGCCGAUUAUGUUAAAACGCAACAGCGCAUGCCGCCUUCUGUGGCUGAAAAUCUCAAGAUACUUCAACGUGCUUGUAGUUUCGACGGCGACGCUGAUCGGUUAAUUUAUUAUUAUGUCGACGACCAGCGUCAGUUCCGUUUGCUCGACGGUGACAAAAUCGCCGCGCUCGUUGCUGGUUUCUUUGCCGAUGUGGUCAAGGCUGCGGGGCUUGCCGGGAAGAUCGAGGUCGGAAUCGUACAGACGGCGUAUGCGAACGGUAAUUCGACCAAGUACCUCUCGAGUCGGUUGCCAGUCAAGUGCACCCCGACCGGGGUCAAACACCUCCACCAUGCUGCUCAACGCUUCGGGAUUGGCGUAUACUUUGAGGCCAACGGACACGGAACUGUCUUGUUCUCCCAUCAAACACUCGAACUCUUAGACUCCCACCAACCUGACUUGAUCAACCAGACUGUCGGAGACGCGCUCUCUGAUCUUCUGCUCUGCGAAGUUGUCCUGGCUCAUCGCUUGUAUACCCCGGUCGAAUGGGACUCACUCUAUGCAGACCUUCCGAAUCGCCUUCUCAAGGUCCAGGUCCGCGAUCGAAGCAUAUUUACAACCGAAGACGCGGAGAGAAGGCUUGCUACACCUGUUGGUCUGCAAAAGAUGAUCGAUGAUACUGUUCGCAAGUACGAAUCAGGGCGUUCGUUCGUUCGCCCUAGUGGAACCGAGGACGUGGUCAGGAUAUAUGCGGAGUGUUCAAACGUAGCACAAGUUGACGAAUUGGCUAACCGAGUCGCGCGAUUGGUAUAUGAGCACGGAGAAAUUGAUCAAUUCGGCCGCCCACGUGAGACAUACUAA